AUGGUCGCGGUCGCGGUCGCAGAGACGAUAGCGCUAGAGACGCUCAGCGGCUCAGCCGCCCGCAGCCCCGCACGCAUCACACCGCCACAGCCCCUCCCUCCGCCCUCCGCCCUCCGCCCUCCGCCCUCCGCCCUCCGCCUAUACCUGGUAGUCUGCUUCUCACUUCAGAGUUCUGGCUGCCUUCUGCUAAUCCCCCCAGUAGUUGCAGGAGUAGAAAAUACUAAAUACCCAUUAUAUAUGACACUGUCUUCAUGAUCUUCAAAAGAAGCAUUUAUCAUCUGGUCCAAUCAGCUCAUCUGGUUAUUCCUCCGAUUCCCAUAAGAAACAAUUUAAAGUUUUUUUCCACUUCACUUUCGUCCUCCGGUUCUUUCCAUUCUGGGUUGAGAACAGAUUCUGAUAUUGGAAUCCUACUUGCUAAAUUAUCUCCUGGGAGCAGUGAUGAUGAGGUUUUCAUGUCUCUCCAAUCCGAUCCAAACUGUGACGCCAUCCAGCCUAGUCACAACCUUGUUGGGAAAUUGCUUCAUUGCUUCAAAGAUGAUUGGAAGUCAGCAUUGGGAGCUUUUAGAUGGGCAGAGUCACGACCUGGCUACAAACCCUUACCUGAAUUCUACGAUAAAGUGGUGGACAUUCUCGGGAAAAUGAAAAAAAUGGAUAAGAUGUGUGCUUUUUUAGAUGAAAUGUCCGAAAACCAGGAUCAUAUUGUUACUCUAAGCACCAUAGGGAAAGUCAUGAGAAGGUUUGCAGGAGCUGGGGAAUGGAAAGGAGCAGUUAGGGUAUUUGAUGAGUUAGGCAAAUAUGGGUUUGAGAAGAACACUGAAACCAUGAAUUUGCUACUUGAUGCACUCUGCAAAGCAAACAGAGUUCUCCAGGCACGUGAAAUCUUUUUGGAGCUUAAGUCACACAUUCAACCAAAUCUAAACACGUUCAACAUAUUUAUUCAUGGAUGGUGCAAAGCCAACCGUGUGGAUGAAGCUCUUUGGACGGUUCAGGAGAUGAAAGGGAAUGGGUUUCACCCUUGUGUUAUCAGCUACUCAACAAUAAUCACUUCCUAUUGUAAGCAAUCUGAGUACCCCAAAGCCUUUGAGCUUCUUGAUGAAAUGAAGGCUCAAGGGUGCAAACCAAACGUGGUCACCUUCACCACAAUCAUUUCCUCAUUGACAAAGAUGGAGAGGUUUGAGGAAGCACUGAAGGUUUGCGACAAGAUGAGAUCGUAUGGUGUUGAACCUGAUACACUUUUCUAUAACGCAUUGAUUCACACAUUAGACAAGAAGAACCUGCUUUAGAGUGCCUGAGAGAAUUGGAAAGAUCCCCACAUUGUGAACCUGAUAUGCAGUCAUACUUUCCUAUGCUCAAGCUUUGCUUUAGAAAUGGGAAGACUGAUGAUUUAUUGCCCAAGUUACUAGAUGACAUGGUUAAUGAGCAUCAUCUGAGUUUGGAUCUAGCAGGGUAUUCACUUUUGAUCCAUGGGUUGUGCAGAUCAAAUAAAUGUGAGUGGGCAUAUAGGCUUUUUGAAGAGAUGGUAGCCAAAGAGGUCACACCUCGAUAUCAGACAUGCACUCUUCUUUUGGAGGAAAUUAAACAGAAGAAUAUGUUUCAUGCUGCCGAGAGGAUUGAAGACUUCAUGAAGAAAAUGAAAAAAUCCUCUUGAACUAGUGUAAUUUUUUUGAAGCAAGUGCCUCACCAAUUCUGUGAUGAAUAAAAGUCAAAAGUUACUAUCUUGUGUAUCGUUGUCUUGUUAAUGCUAUACUAAAUUGAAGGCUCUAAACAUGAUACUACGUAUUUUGCAUCAGACGUUAUGUAUUUGGGAUAAGAUUCAGAAAAUUGUGGCAAUACAAGUCGUAGGAAUGUAUGGCUUGCCGGACAGAAACAUGUGAGUACUAUGAGAAUAUGUCAAUACUCUUCUUUUUUGGAUGUUAUUUUUUCUAUAAUGGAGAGAAAUUCUGUGAUAGUACCACAUCUUUGAUAAAAUAAAAAACUAAAGCUCAAAAUUUAUGAAAUUUGACCCCACAAGACAGAUUCAGAAGUUUAUCUAAGACGGAAGAAGUAUAUUUUAGCCUGCAUAGCAAUUUAUUCUUCAAUUUACUGGUUUCAUAACCAUUGUUCUUGAAGACAUGUUUGAUCAACUAUUUUAAAUCAUUAGUUGAUCAAGUGAUUUUGUUUUUUCAAUGAAGGCUUUCUGGCCAGGACAGCAGGUAUAUGGAGUAUUCCUUAGGAACUCAUCUGCUUCGAAAUAACUUCUCUGCAACUUUGUCUUCUCAAAAAGCCCUCAUUGAAAAUGUUUUCUUUCCAAGGGUUGGAUUGCUAUAGUGUUUACUUCCCUUGUAGUUUUGGUACCAACUUGUACUCGAAGGGCUUGUUAUAUCCUGGAGAAAGCUUUCCGUCCGCCGGAAAUACUUUUAGAGGAAAGUGACUACGUGUCUCGAGCCAUGGUGUUUCUUAUUAUUUCUCUUUGCAGGUAGUUAUCCAAAAUUGCUACUUUGCUUGUUUGGUCCGCUGGAAGUAUUUAGAGGACUACAGCUCCAAACAACAAGAAUCAAACAAGCUGCGAUGCGAGAAGAAAAAAGAACAACAUGGAGUCUUCAUGCCACCGCGGUAAACUGAAGAAGAUAUCAGAAUUUUCCCCAACAAUCUUUGAAAGUAUCGCCAGACGAAUACGUUAUUGCAAUCUGUGUCUACGUGUCCACUGCGAAAUUUGGUAUCUCCAUACACUGUUUUAGUUGCAACCUUGUUAUCUCAUCAUGAAUCUGCCGGCGUUUGUCUAAUGCAUUUUGUGGUAAUUAGCCUUAUAUUAAUCCCAUUUGUUAUGAUAAAUGUCAUUUUUGUGCGAUAAAAGGACAACUAUGAAAACAACAAUCCACUAAAAUCAAGUUUGAAAUUGAUUAAAAGUGAUGAUAAUUUUGUUGCGGUUGUUUCUCAAAGAUAUGAAAUUAAUGAUGUGAAUGAGUGGGUAGACAUCGGGAUUACCAACCACAUUUGUAAAACAAAAGUGCUUUUACCUCUUAUACUAUUAUAGGAGACGACGAAAAGCGACGACGAAAAGCUCGUGUACUUAGUAGACUCAAAAACCGCAAAGGUGUAUCGUAAAGGGAAAGCUCUUCUAAAGCUUACACCAGGGAAAAUUUUAUCACUAAAUGACGUGCUUCAUGUGCCCGAGAUUUGGACCAAUUUUGCUUCUGUUUCUCUCUUGGGAAAAGGUGGGGGUAAAGUAUCUUUUGAUUAUGAGAAAACUAUUAUGACCAAAAAUGAUGUUCUUAGGGGAAAAUGUUAUGUAAGAAUACAUGUUAUGUGCUUAGUGUUUUGAAGUUAAUGCAUAAUAAUGGUUUUGCUUAUUUGAUUGAUUUAUAUGAUUUGUGACAUGCAUGAUUAGGACAUGUGAGUACUUCUUAUAUUAAAUUGUUGAAUGAUCGUGGUUUGAUUUCUAGCGAAAAUAAUCUAACACUAGAAAAAUGUGAUAUUUGUGUAGAAUUUAAACAAACCAAAAAAUCAUGUCCUUCCAUAUAUAGGGCAUCAAAAUUGCUUGGCUUAAUUCACACGGAUUUUGGUGAUUUAAAAAACACGAUGAAUAGAAGUGGUAAGAGAUUAUAUGUCACCUUCAUAGAUGAUUUUUCGAGACACAUUAAUGUUUAUUUGCUUAGAAAUAAAGAUAAGACUUUUUAAAAAAUUAUACGGAGUAGUAUAUAAAUGCGAGGUGAAAAAUCAAUUAAAUAAGAAGAUUAAGAGUGUUAGAUCGGAUGGAAAGAAGGGGCGAAUAUCUCAUGAGUAAUGCAUUCCCUUUCACAAAAAUAAUUUAUUAAAAUAUAUUCACCCCUCUAUCCAAUCUAACUCUUAAUCUUUUUAUUUAAUUGAUUUUCCAUCUCGGAUUUAUACAUUACUAAUUUAUCUAAAUCUUUCUUACAACCUCUGGUCAUUAUAUUUUCUAAAUCACAUUAAUCCGUGUGAAUUAGUUCUCAUUCCCUAAAUGUGGAUUAACAUGAUUUUUUGGUUUGUUUAGAUUCUACACAAAUACUACGUAUCACAUUUUUCUAGCGUCAUAUAAAUCAAACCACGAUAAUAUAAGAACCACUCACUACAUGUCUUAAUCGUGCAUGCCACACAUCAAACGAAUCAAUCAAAUAAGCAAAAACAUUAUCAUGCAUUAAUUUCGAAACGCUAAGCACAUAACAUCUAUUCUUACAAUUGUCUUUGCCUAUAAAAACGUCAUUGUUUGUCAUAACAAUUUUGUUACAAUAAAAAAAAUACUCACUCCAGCUUUUCCCAAACGAGAAAGAGAAACUAAAUUAGUGACUUUCCCUUUAUCAUGCACUCUGACGGUUUUUUAGUCCGCUAUGUAACAAGCUAUUCAUCUUCUAUAGUAGUAUAGGAGGUAAGAACAUUAAUUUGUUUUUACAAAUGUGUUUGGUAACCCCGGGGUCUCCCAUCCACCCAUUGACAUCAUUAAUUUUACAAUUUUUAAAAAAUAACCGCAACAAAAAUAUCGUCACUUUUAAUCAAUUUUAAACUCAAACUUUAGGGGGUUAUUUAAGUAGGGUGACAAAUAAAAUUACCACAAAUUACCACAAUAGACAAAUAUUGGCAGAUUGACCUAGGUAUAAAAAAAAUUGCAACUAAAUUUCGCAGCAGACUUGUGGACAGACCAUAGCAGCACAUUAACAAACCAGUAGAAGCCUAUUUGUUGCAAGACUUGCAAGGAGUCACUGGCUGGGAGAAUAAAAGCCGGCAGUCACUAGGAUGGUUAGGAAAUCACGUAACAAAGCGAUGUGCUUCAAUCUGGUUGAUCUACUUUCUGAGAUUGUUGGUGAGAUAUCAUCGCCACCUGCACUGGCCGAAAACUUCCAGCAAAAGGUCUCUGAUAUCUUCCUCUUCGACAACUUCGGACGCAAGACUGAGCUGGGUUGUCGUCAUCUUCUGCUGUCAUACGGACUCUGAUUCCCUUGUCGUAUUUAGUUGGUCGUUUGUCACAGGACCGCACCCUCAUUGUAACUAGUUCAUACUUCAUAGAAGCACAUGCGAAUAAAAAAUAACAAGAAAGACCAUGACUCGAGACAUCUAGUUGCUGUCCUCACAAAGUAAUUUUGACGGACUGAUAAACAUUCCCAGAAUAUAACGAGGCCUUCGACUAUAAGACGGAACGAGGAUUAAGAGAGAAGUAAUCACUAUAAUAAUCUAGCACAAGCAUGGAGAAAAUUUUCAUUUUAAGUUGAGUUGGUAAGAGCUCCUCC